AUGGCCACAGCCGUCAUCACCGCACCACAGCAGCCCGAUAUCGAGUACGCGCCCAACGUCGAGAAAUGGCGCGCAAGGACCCAGCGGCGCCUGCAGACGGAGACUCUGACCAAAGAGCUUCCGCCGGGAUUUCCCAAGAAGCUGGUCUCCGAUCUCGUCUGGGAAGGAGACGAGAUCAAGGGGCGGUAUAACUGGAUCUACGAGCUGAACGAGGCGGAAUUAAACGAGAUUGAGAAUGCGCUGGAGCACUUUAAGUCUUUAAAUAAACCUCUUGGAUAUAUUGACCAGGAUACCUUCCCCCUUCCAACGCUGCAUGCGACGCUGAGGGACAUUUCCAAGGAACUUCACGAGGGUCACGGAUUCAAGGUCCUCCGCGGUCUCCCUGUUGACAAGCACACUCGAGAAGAGAACAUUAUUAUUUACGCUGGCGUCUCAUCGCAUAUCGCUCCGAUACGAGGCCGACAAGACCGUCAAUUUGAGGGCAAGCCGGCCGAUGUCGUGCUGAACCACAUCAAGGAUCUGAGCAACACGGCUGAUAAGGACCGCAUUGGAGCUCCGGCCUACACGACUGAAAAACAGGUCUUCCACACCGAUGCAGGCGAUAUUGUCUCGCUGUUUGCGCUCAGCGUCGCUGCGGAGGGAGGUCAGAGUCAGCUGGCUAGCAGCUGGAGGGUGUAUAACGAGUUGGCCGAGACGAGGCCGGAUCUGAUUCAUACGCUGGCAGAAGACUGGCCGUUUGACGGAUUCGGAAACCCCCAAUACCCCUACCACAACCGCCCUCUCCUCUUCCACCAGCCCGCAACAGCCACCAGCCCCGAGCGCGUCCUCAUCCAGUACGCCCGCCGCAGCUUCACGGGGUACCAGGCGCUGCCGCGAUCGAAGGACAUCCCACCGAUCACGGAAGCGCAGGCCGAGGCGCUCGACACGCUGCACUUUCUGGCGGAGAAGUACCACCUGGCGCUCGAUUUCCGCAAGGGUGAUGUGCAGUAUAUCAACAAUCUGAGUAUCUUCCAUGCGCGGGAGGGGUUUAGGGAUACGCCGGAGCAGCAACGCCAUCUCGUCCGACUCUGGCUGCGCGAUCCCGAAUAUGCCUGGCCUACGCCAGAACCGCUCAAGUCCCGCUGGAUUAAUGUGUAUGACGACGUGAAGCCUGAAAACCAGGUGUUUCCGCUGGAACCGACGAUUCGCAGCGCGAGCGCUGGCGGUUCCAAGCAUUCGUCGGGUUAUUGA